GAGAAGAAUAAAAAACUUGCUUUAGAGCUUCUUUAUCACAGUAUCGAUGCAAUUCCUGUUAAACGCAAAAUAUGCCUGGAUCCAAGCGAUAAAGACUGUACGAUCGAAAACCUUGAACGUGACGCACAUAUCAUUCUCAGUCCCUGCGAUGACACUUUCUCUGAAUUUACCAUCAAGAUGCCUUUCUUUUUUGUCUGCUUAUACAAUGACAAAUUAAAAAUCGUGGAAUUCAGUCUUGAAGAGACAUUUCGGGUGCAAAACACUAUGCAUUGGCAAGAUUGGGAACUUUUUGUGGCACAAUACGAGGCAUUCCGCACCAACUUGCUAAUGGAACGUGGAAAACGUACGGUACAUCUGGUGGAGUUAUAUCAUGGUGUCUUUGGGACUGUAUCGACCAAGAAUAUUGAGGUUAGGCUGAAGAAACUUUCUGUCUGCCAAGCACAAGAGCAAUUUCCAUGUUCAAAAUUAACAGAAAAAGGUACCGCAAAGUCCAUUCCCUGGGAGGAAGGCGAAGUUGUGGUUGUCAAUGGUGCGUCUGCUGAAUGGAGAGAUUCAUUCAGAGUUUUGCAAACAGUUCAAGGUGAUCGUCUCUUUAGUAUUCACCAAGCCAAAUAUGACUAUAACUCGGCCACAUACACUUUAAACAAUCUUUACAAAGAAGUCAUUAAGAAUUAUGUUACUUCUAUUAAUACUAAAAAAGAGCUUUUCGAUAAACUUGCUAAGCACUGUCACAUAAUGAUUGUUUUCACAACACAGCCAUUUUAUGAAACAGUUUCAUGUGACGAAUGCUUUAUUAUUUCGCGUAGUAAUUUUGAAUAAUACUUUAGUCCUGUAUUUUCUUCUCGUGCUACAUUUGCCUUGAUAAAAAACAUCAACCCUAACUUUUCAGAAUCACAAAGG